AUGAAUAUCACCACCUCUUGCCACUCGUGGUCCCUUAAGAACCACAAGCUCGAGCACAACAGGCAAUGGGUCACUGACCUCCACUGCAAGGCCAAGAAAGACAAUGGGGAGUGGAUCUGGAUCCAGACCCGCCUGGAUGAUUUUCUGGGGAACGAUGAUGGCAAUUUCGUUUACAGUUCAUCCGAUCCCCAGAGCAACAUUAGCUCGUCAAUGUGCAAUCCCCGACUUGAGCUCGCAAAAAUACGUCGCAACCCCCAACUGAUGGAGCGGUUAAAGCGCGCAGGAAAACUUUAA